GGAGCAAAGUGCACCAAGGGUUGCCAGAGUGCCAGAGAGUGUGUACGCCUGUGUCUGUGUGCGGUUAGCAGCGCGGGGUGGGGCGGGGAGAUCAGGUGGUUUUAAGUUACGGAGUUUUUAGUGCCACCGUCGUCGUCGUCGUCGUCGCCAUCACCGACGUGACGCGACAAACAACAGUGCAGUAACAGCAGAACGAAGAAGGAGAAGAACAGAUACGGGUCCUACGGGGCCUGGCGACCUAAACACAAAACAAGAACAACAACAACAAAAAAAACACAAACAAAAACAAACAGACAAACAGACAAAAACGAAACGAAACGAACGAGAGAUCGAAACAAACGCAAUCGAAAAAACGGUCCACACAGAGAGAGAGAGAGAGAGAGCACGAAACAACGAACCCCUUGUUCGGGCCCAAAACAGCGUGCAGCGUGCCGGAAGACUGCGCGAAGGCGUCGGCGAAAGGGGGGCCUUGGGUGGCGUAGUUUGGUGUGUGGUAGUAGUGCACCCCGCAACGUGGUGGCCAAACGGGUCGGCCAGCAGUGGCCCAGUGGCAAGCAGUUCGUCCCAACGUACAACAUCAUAACAUCGUCCCAGUAACACACACAGUCAGUCCCUCCCGCUGGAGGACCGAGGACCCAAACAUCGAACCCCCGGACCCUGCCAGCAUACCCAGGCGCGCACUGCAGCCGCGGGCCGGGCCACAAGGGAAGUUGCAUUCGGGCAACGCGAAUGAUUUGCGAUCUGCGUCCAGCCAGCAGUGGUCGGCUAGCAGUGCUGCAUAACGACAACGACGACAACGACGCUCGAAUCGAACGCUUCCCAGGACUCCCGGGACCAGCCGGUAGCAGCAGGGACCCGGUCCGGACGGCACCAGCGCUAGACUCAGUCCAGCUCCAGCAGUGUGCAGCAGCAGCAGCAGCAGCAGCAGCAGAAGAGGAAGAUCCGACGGUACACCCGGCGACGAUCCCCGGACGGCAGCGAGGGAGAAAGACGACAACGAAUACAACAACAACAACAACAACAACAACAGCAACGAAAACAACGACCCGGGCCCGGAAGCGUAGGAAACGCAAGGACAUUCGGUGGCGGCGGCGGUGCUGGUGCUGGUGGUGAUUGGUGGUGGUGGUGGUCGCGCCAAUCGCGAUCAACCAGAACGGGGGUGCCGGAGCGACAGACACACCGGUGGUGGAUCCAGUAUCAACAGUAGCAGCAGCAGCAGCAGCAAGUGAGUGAGUGAACCCAUCCGGAUACGGACAGUAACAGUAGCAGCAGCAGCAGCAGCAGCAGGACUCGUGCCGCUCGCUGGCUACUGGCGAGUGACUUCUCUGCCAAUCAACCGGCCUGGCAAAAAGGGGCCGCCCCACCGUUCAAACCGGCGCACAACAAUCAAAUACGACGUUCGGGGUCCUCGGACGUCCCGGUCGGCGGUGUGCUGUGCGCUGUCCUGCUCCUAGUCUAGUGUAGUGCUUUGUGAGUGUGUGUGUGUGUGAGUUGACCCACCUUACCACCAUCUACCGUUCCGUUCCAAUCGGUCCAAUGAGCGAACGCGCCAAGUGCCCGCGCCAUCAAUCAGCAGCCCUCUAGCGCUCCCAGCGCCGGGGUCCUAGUGAAGUGCGAAAGUGCAGAUCCUGCCUCUCCCCCAAGGGGCACCAGCCAGUGCCCAGUGCCCAGUGCCCAGUGCCCAGUGCCGAGUGUUGUUGCGUGCGCCUAAGAGGACACUCGAGGAGAGGGCGCGUGAGGAGAAGGAAGAAGAAGGAGGUCCUCCCCCCCCACCCCUCUCGCGAAAGGAGGAGACCCCCGGCGUAAGUGAUCAGAAGUGGUAGCAGCAGAAGCAGUAGCAGCAGCAGUAGUUGAAGAAGAAGAAGAAGAAGCAGCCACCACGAGAGAUCAGAUCGAGGUGUGAUAGUGUGCCGGUUCGACUGCGACGACGACGACGACGACGUACACGUUCUACGUAGAAAACAAUGGCUAAAUUUAUCGCCCCGGCAGCGUGCGUGGUGGGGUGGUGGUGGUGCUGGUUGACGCUGACGGUGACGUUGCUGCUGCUGAUCGGCACCAGUGGGCCCCGUUCCGUGGCCGCCGCCCGCCGCCAUCCGCUGCUGAUCGAGGACGAAGGAACGCGCCGCAACAGGCCCGCAGAGUGUCAGUUUGGCAAGACGAUACGCGAGCUGCAUACGACCUGGUUCGCCGAUCUGGGCCCCCCGUUCGGCGUGAUGUACUGCAUCAUGUGCGAAUGUGUUCCGUUCCAGAAGAAGCGCCGCGUCGUCGGCCGGGUACAGUGCCGGAACAUCAAGAACGAGUGCCCGAAACCGACCUGCGACGAUCCGAUCCUGCUGCCGGGAAGAUGCUGCAAGUCCUGCCCGGGAGACCCGCAAAGCCCGGAUGUACCGCAGGAUCAUCUUCCCCAGGCAACUAUGCCGGAAGAGGAGGAACGCAGCAAGCAUUUCGCCGCCCUGUUAACCGGGCGCACGACGGUGAUGCUGUUACAACGGCGCGGCGACGAUGACGCCCAGUACGACACGGCCAACCCGCAGAACGUGAUCGCGACCGGGCGGUUCUCGUUCCACAAGAAGAACCUCUACUACAGCUUUUACGUGUCGGAGCGGGCCGGGCGGCCCCGUGCCAUCCAGUUCGUGCACGCGAACGGUAACAUCCUCGAGGAGCACACGCUGGCGAUCGCGGCCGAUGCGGGCCGCUUCAGCGUCUACCAGAACACGACCGGUAAGGUGUGUGGCGUGUGGCGCCGGGUACCGCGCGAGUACCGCCGGCUGCUCCGUGACGAACUCGUGAGCGUGGUGCUGCUGUGGGGCGACAAUCGAUCACAAACGGCACCCGCCACCGAGCUGGCCAUCGCCGGCCCGGUCGCCAAGUAUCCGGCACUUUCGCACGAACUGUUCAGUGCACUGCUGGAACCGGCCACCCCGGCCGACGGUGACCAGCCGUCGAUGGUGGGCGCAGGUGGGACGGCCAUCGUGUCGACGAGCAGUGGCGUCACCUCGUCGAUCCACCUGACGAUCGUGCUGAAUGGGCUGUUUGCACCGGACGACGUGAUGGAUGUACCGCUGGUGGUGCGCCUCGAGACAACCGAUCGCCGCCAGCUGAUCCUGGAGGAUGUGCAGCGUGUCCGGAAACCGUCGCACGAGCUGAACGUGAUCGAACUGUCGUCGCCGGUGUCGGUGAACGAUUUGCGGCUGCUGACGCGCGGCAAACUAGCGCUCACGGUGGAGUCGCGCCGUAAUCCGGAGGCGCUCCGGCUACACGGACCGGUGCGGUCGCGGGUGGCGUGCGAAAUCUUCCAAACCCUCCUGACACCGCACGGUGCCGAGCUGCGGACCGAUGCGACCGGGCUCGCCUGGAUGUACCUGAACCGGGACGGUGCCCUCGUCUACCACGUCCAGACACACCAGCUGGCCGCCGGCGGUGGCACUACUGGUGGCACUACUGGUGGUGGUGGUGGUCCGAUCAUCACCCUGCUCGACGAUAGCGCCAAGCGGAAGCCGGAAAUCGAAACACUGACCGUACACCACCGGGGAGGGGGAGGUCACCAUGAUGGUGGCGCGACCUCCGAUCUCCUGCUCGGUGGCACAAUCGAACGGAUGGGACCCCGCCUGCUGGAGCCCCUGUACGCCGGUGAGAUGACGAUGAGUGUCGCGAACGAACAGAAUCUCACGCUGCUGCACGGCAAGUUCGUGACGCGGCACGUGGCCGAUGCACGCGAUACCGGGGCCCCCAUUCUGUUGCAGCGCCCGGAUGCCGCCAACGGGGAACCGGCCGCCCACGGUGGCCACGCCCUCGGGCUCGCCUGGAUGGCGGUCGAUAACGAGUGUAACCUGCACUACGAUCUGUCGCUCGCCGGCAUACCGUCGGCACUGCACCCGCUGCAGCUGUACCUGGAGGAGCUGCCACUGGAAGCACCGAACGCGCCGGUGAGCCGCCGGUUGCUGGAGGAUUUCGCCGGCAACCAGCUGGAAGGGUUUGCGCUCGAGCUGCCGGCCCGCGAGCUGGCCAAGCUCGAGACGAGCGUCAUCUACCUGGAGGUGCGCACGAACGUCACCAGCGAGCCGCUGCUCCGCUCGAAGGUACGCACGGUGACACGGGUCCCGCACCACUGCACCAUCCCCGGCGGUGCCCAAGGGUUUGGUGGCGGUGGCGGUGUCGGUGGUGGGGCGGUGUCGGCGGGGGCCGGACCCUCCAUCCUCGCGCACGACAACGACGUCCAGCAGCACAACUAUCCGUUCCUGGCCAACGAUCUACCGACCGGGACGGUGGCGGUCGACCACAACAAGUGCUACCACGCGAACCGCUUCUACGACGAUGGCGAAACGUGGCGCAGCACCAUCGACAGCUGCACCAUGUGCUCGUGCGAUGCGCGCCGCAUCAAGUGCGAUCCGAUCCGCUGCCCACCGUUGCGGUGCCGCAACGAGGACAUAAUCCAGCGGCGCGGCGACUGCUGCCCUUCGUGCAACGUUUCCCGAUCAUCGACGAACUUCUCCCCGGACCAGGCCGAUGUACUGGCAAGUGGCAUCAAUGGCAGCAGUAGCAGCAGUAGCAGUAGCAGUAGUAGUAGCAGCAGUAGUGAGCAGUUGCUUCAGCAACCGCGUGGCUGCAUGCUCGGCGAAGAGUUCCAUAUGGCCGGUUCCAGCUGGCAUCCGUAUCUGCACCCGAGCGGGUUCGAGGUGUGCACCGUCUGCUCGUGCGAUCCCAAGUCACUGCAGGUGAAUUGUGCGCGCGCCACCUGUCCACCGUUGGCCUGCAGCGAUAAGGUCGCGUACCGGCCCGACAAGGCAGCCUGCUGCAAGGUGUGCCCACAGGUGAAGGAGCCCAAGAGCCCCAAGAAGCCGCAGGGUCUGAACGGUGGCGCCAAGGUAACAGGAAACAAGGACGAGCUGCACGAUGAGGCGGGCAGUUCGGUCGGGACGCUCCGGUCACCGCAGGCGAUCCUGGCAGCCGGUGGCUGCCGCUACGAGGACCAGAUCUACGAGAACGGCCAGGAGUACCAUCCGAUACUGGCGACGCACGGCGAGGAGAAGUGCAUCAAGUGCCGCUGCAAGGAUGGUCAACUGAACUGCAACCGAAAGCGAUGCGGCACACGACCACCGUGCCCGCGACCACAAAGCUCCAAGCGUACCGGUUUGCAACAGCAGCAACAGCAGCAGCAGCCAGUUGAUGAGUGUUGUCCGUGCCGACCGACUCGCCAUCACCGGAAGCGGCAGCAGACCAAGGAGCAGCAAGCGAACGCCAAGAGUUGAACGGAACGUGACGUGAGCGACGACGAGGACGACGGCUAGUUACAGGGCGUUCGUGCUUACGUGCGUGUGUGUAUGUGUGUGUGUGUGUGUGUGUGUGCAUAUGUAUGUGUGUGGGUGUGUGUGGACACCCUUGUGCCAUAUGGCUUUAGUUGAGCCCCCCCCCCCUUUACUCCUUUGUUCCUCCUAUACCACCUCCCAGUUUUCCACUUCCUGCAGCAGGAGGCACUCAUCACUUUCAAUCAGAUCAAAAAUGCUGCCCCGUCCCCGUCCCCCCCUCCCUAACCAACCUAUUUGUAUCGCUCCCUUUUCUGCGGGGAGCAGCAGUCUCUUCUUAAUUCGUAUUAGCAAGCACCACCACACCCUUUCGGCUCCAUUUGCCUGCCAUGCCAAGCAGCAGCAGCUGCAGCGAGUUGUAUGUUGUGAACAUUGUGAACAUGGCACCAACGACAACAAAAUGAAAAGGAAGGAAGGAAGGAAAAACAAAACCCAGAGAGAGAGAGAGAGAGAGAGAGUGCUCCGCGAACAACCAACCAACCCCCCCCCCCUCACAGCAUCCACACAAAAUUCCUCUUCUCGCUACCACCCCCACCCAGUUACAGGGGCUCCGUCCGCUUGGCUUGGCUUAGAGAGCGGAUUGACGAGAGCAGAAGCAGCGACAGCAAAGCAAUGUUGCACGGCACCACCUUCACCGAUGGAAUAAUCCCCCCCCCCCCCCCCCCUUUAAAGUAGCAACAGCGAAAGCGUACUGGCCACCGGGCGAGCAGGCUGGUCUUUGUAUUAUUCGCUUUUGCGUUGCUUCAAGCUGUUCGCAACCCAGUAGUCAGGCCUGUCGGAGGGUUUAAAGGCGCUUUAAAUGUUAGCUAUCCCGACCUUAAUGCAUCCCCCCCCCCCCCUUGCUUCGGCCAUUGCGUUACCAUUGCUUUCCCCGUUGUGUGAGUGGCCGUGUUUGAGAAGAGAGAGAGAGAGAGAGAGAGAUAUGUGCGUUUGGUUUGGGCCGCCGGAAGAGGAUCCAGUUUUUUGGUGUUUUCUUUCUUUGUUGUUUUUAGUGGCCAGCGACUUUAGUGGCCCGCGACGAUCAGUUAGUCAGAUCAGCUCAGGGGGGUGUAAGGGGCACUACAAAUAUGCGGAAGAAGGUGAUGGUGGUAGGAGGUGGUGGUGUGCUCGGUUCGGUUGACUGAGUGAGUGCGCGCGGUACGACAGAAUGUAUUAGAGAGAAAACAAUAUUUAUACCUACUGUUAAUGAACUGCAUAAUUGCAUACCCUUUUUUUUUGCAUCAGUGUUGUGCAGUAAAACACAAUCACUGUACUGUGCGUAUGGUUAUGCAUGUGAAUACAUCUAGCCGUAUUUAUAUAGAUGUAUGCAUAUACAUAGACAUUCACAAAACCAUAAAACCAUGUAAUGUAUCAGCUAGUGUACAUCUUAGGCGUAUAGGUUUGAAUUUAUUAUUUUUUUUUAUCAUUACUAACUUCUACCCCGUAUGAACGGGGCAAACCCUCUAGUACGAUAAGGACACGUAUUUAUUUUCAAACACUUGUGCAGCUAGAGAGAGAGAGCGAGAGAGAGAGAGAGCGAGAGAGAGAGAGAGAGAGAGAGAGAGAUAAAAGAAGGAGGAGAGUAAAGGAGGGCGCGCGCGCUCGCGCGAGAGGGAAAAAAGGGAAAGAAAGGAAGUACUAGGAUCUUAAGGCAAGCUACUAGCAGCUGGCAGUUGACAGCAGCAUCAUUCAUAUAUCUACUUCUACUACUACUACUACUACUACUACUACUACUACUACUACUAUUACUACUACUAUAAUGAUUAAUCUUAACGAUCAUCACCACAAGAUGAAUAAAGGCGCAAAGUGCAGCGGCGUGCUUUUGUUUUCGGUGUACCAUAAACGCCUGCGCGUCCGCGACGGAUAUGCACUUCAGCGAAAACAAAAGAAAAAAAAAACAACAAUAAUUCUGAACUCACGUGCAAAGUGUUGCAAAACGGUACACACUCCAACACCCACAUACAUACAUACACACAUAAACACACACACACAUGCUACCAUCAACAGCACCUCAUCAUGAGCCUCUCAUAAAACAAACCACCCCAGCCCAUCCCACCUUACCCGCCCCUUCUCCCCUUUAUGUAAGCUAUAAUGCUUCUCCGAACGUACUAGGCGCGGCGCAAAGGAUGUUCGCAUUUACCCUA